AUGGAUCGCUCCACUAUCAUCACAUCUAUCCCUUCAGAGUCGGAUGACGAGGUAGACAACGAUCCUCCACCUCCCGGGGAAGUUUGGGCUUACCCGUGCAAACUUGCGUCGUGUCCCGACUACGGGAAAUCUUGGCUCUUACGCAGCAACUUCCUCCUUCACUUACAAGAACAAGAGGCGCACCUAGCAAGCGCAGCAAGCACAGCCGCGCGCCGUGCCAUCGAAUUGCUGUGGCGAUAUAGCGCCGAUCCCCGUUUGCCGCCCCGUGCGGCCCCUAUGUUUCGGUCUCGCGCGCAUCCCGAGGAGCAUAUCUGGGAAUAUGGGUUUCGGGAUCAUACCGGCAAGAUGGUAAACCGCAGGGGGACACAACGGCAGAUGGAACGGGAUCUGGCCCUGGCCCGGCGACGCCAGGGCUAA